UGCCAGCUUCUCUCCUCUCCCACCCACGGUAGUGGUGGGAGCCUCCGCUGGGAAGAGCUUUGAGCCUACCUCCGGAGAGGCAGCAUGAGAAGGGAAUUUUGACCAGUCUCCUGGUAUCUGGUUGCGGAGAUGGUGCAGUCCCCUCUUGUGCUGCCGCUGCUGGCAGAUAGGGUUUGAGAGGGCGUGAUCCCAGCGGCUGCCGCGCUGACUGUUCAAUGUUCCAAACCCAUCCAAGGAAGUAACACUCUCCCCUUCGGGGAGGCUGUAAAAUGCAUGUUAUGAAUUGUCUCUCCUUGGUCAAUGAUAAAGAAAAUGGGGCAAUUCCAGUUGCAACGGGAUUAAUGAGCGAGGAUACAGCGACAGCGCCUCAAAUUUCUCAGCCUGGAGCAUCGCCGCCCCCCGCGCCAUGUCCCCUCGCAGGGGCUCCCGCAGCCCCUCCGCUCCCCCCGGGAAUGCCGCCCCCACCACCACCCCCUCCUCCACUGCCUGGCCCCAACAUACCUCUGCCUCCACAGCUGGUAAAUGGGCACGACAGCCACGGCAAAAAAAAGCGAAUGCGGAGCUUUUUCUGGAAAACUAUCCCUGAAGAACAAGUUCGUGGUAAAAACAAUAUCUGGACAAUUGCUGCAAGACCACAGUAUCAAAUCGAUACAAAGACAAUUGAGGAACUUUUUGGGCAGCAGGAGGAAGCCAAACCCCAGGACUCCCGAAGCCGAUCUUUGAAGUCUUCGUUUAAAGAGACUAAAGAGGAGGUGUCCAUUUUGGAUGCAAAACGAAGUAUGAACAUUGGGAUAUUUCUCAAACAAUUCAAAAAGUCUGCCGAAUCCAUCAUUGAAGAUAUUUAUCAUGGAAGAAGUCAGCCCUAUGGUUCUGAACUGCUACACGAAUUUCUUAAAUUAUUACCGGAAGCAGAGGAGGUAAAGAAAUUAAAAGCCUUUGAUGGAGAUGUAUCAAAACUGUCUCAAGCUGAUUCCUUCAUGUACUUACUAAUCCAGGUGCCAAACUAUGCUCUUAGGAUUGAAGCCAUGGUGUUGGAGAGGGAGUUCUCACCCUCCUGUGCUUCUCUACAGGAUGACAUGAAAAUUAUAAGACGGGCAACAAAAGAACUAAUGACUUGUGAGGAGCUGCAUUCCAUAUUGCACUUGGUCCUUCAGGCUGGGAAUAUUAUGAAUGCGGGAGGUUAUGCUGGCAAUGCUGUUGGAUUCAAGCUGUCGUCGCUGCUCAAGCUGGCAGACACGAAAGCAAACAAACCUGGGAUGAGUCUGCUGCAUUUUGUUGCUCUGGAAGCCCAAAAGAAAGAUGCUGCUCUUCUCAACUUUUCAGAAAAAAUUAGGAGUGUUCAUGAUGCCGCCAGGUUAUCCAUUGAUAGUGUAGAAGCAGAGCUGCACUCGCUGUCUGUCAAGACAAGAUCUGUUAAAGACAGCAUCCGACGAGACCCAAAACUCUUUCACCAGAUGGAAAGCUUUCUCCAGUUUGCUGUAAGGCAUCUAAAGGAGCUUGAACACCAGAAACGAGAACUGCAAAAGGAGGGAAAUGCUCUCAUUGACUUUUUCUGUGAAGACAAAGAAACGAUGAAGUUGGAUGAAUGUUUCCAGAUAUUUAGGGACUUCUGCAUAAGAUUCAACACAUCUGUUAAGGAGAAUAGGGAACGAGAGAUCCAGGAACUCCAUAGUCUGCAAAGGCGAAAGGAGCUGGAGGAGAAGCGCCGAUCCUGGGCAGCUGGAGAGCUUGGGAGCUUUGGGCGGAGCAGCAGUGAAAAUGAUGUAGAGAUGUUGGCUAAAAACGGACUCGGAGAAUUUCUUCCCUUCUUGCAGCAGAGGCCUCAAAGCCCUUUGUACAGAAACACAAAUUCCAGACGCUCUCGACUUUCUUUGGGGAUGACUGCAGACAGGGAGUUGCAGAGUUUCCUGGAAAUCUCCAAAGACGAGGAUCCAAACAAGUUUAACAGCCUUCCCCGUGCAAACACCCGACAAGCAAAACCUAACGUAGCCUGGACGGAAUCCAAAGAAACAAGAGAUCUCAACUUAAAUACCUUGCACUUACACCAACAGUCUGAAAUGGAAGUGAGAAGUGGUGGCCCCGUGCAGGUGCCUCCAGCUCAGCCCAGUCACCUCAGCGGCUCAGGUGGUCCUGGUGCCCAUUACUCACAGAGGAGCACCGACUACAACUUGCACACUUCCAACGUGUCCUGUGAGGAGUCCACAGAUAUAAAUGCUCUGGCCCUUGCAAUUGAGGAGCGUGAACUUGUUAAAGGGUUACGUAAGUUUGAUAUUCAAGGAGCAAAGCCUGCAGAAGAUGCACCUUUAAUAUAUUUAGAGGAUGCUGGCGGGACAGACCUGGAGACUCUGGAUGAUCUGAGCUUCCAUUCCCUGAGCACUGCCGAUGAUGAGCUGCCUCCAGCUUGCAGGAGUUCCAGAGAGGCCCGUGACCAUCAAGCCAAGGCAGUGGGUUGCAAGAAUGAAGCUUUAGAGCCCAGCAGCAGCAGCCCUAUGUCUGUGGAUACAAGUGUUUCAGGAAGUAGGGAAGAUGGGCCAGUGUGCUACAUGUCAGAUACCACGACUGAUUGUUCUUUGACAUUGGACUCUGAAGAGGGAAACGAUUUUAAAUUGGCAGGCAACGAAAUAAGAAGUGAGGCUGGCAAAGCGUGCUCUUCUGGCAAUGAUGCUCAACACAAGGCUAGAUCUUUCUUCUCAAACUUGAAUUCCACCUCUGACAAGGACCUGUCUCUUCACACUUCUGCCAAUAAGGAUGAUACUGAUAGCAAGCACACCCUUCCUAAAGAAAAACCCAUAAAAAAUAAAGAUCUAGUAGGACCAAAGACAAACUCUCUAAAAGAUCGAUCUCCAAGCUCCACAAAAUCCAGUGGCACUCGCCCUAGCCACACAGCUCCUUCCAGACCUGUCAGAACUUUGAAUGCCUCUGAGAAUGAAAGUAUGAGGAAAGUGGUGCCUAUUUCUCGGUCAAGCAGGGCACCCAGCAGUGUGAAAAAGCCAGAAGCCAAGCCAGCCCUUCGUGAAAGCAGUACAGUGGAGAGUCGGCUGUCUCAUCGCAGCUCUGUCCGAGGCACAACAGACACGCUGCCAAGAAGUCCCUACAGGCACAGCAUGUCACUAGAAGAGCCAAAGUUACGAAGGGGCACUGUCACCUCAAGCAGUGCUCAUUUCGAGAGGGACAGAGUCGCUCUCAAGAAGCCAGUCUCUAAACCCAUUAGGAGUAAUGUCAAAUCAAAGACAGAUGAAACAAAGAUGUGUCGCUCCAGUGUGAAACCCCAGACCCCUGCAGAUGACACCAAGGUUGCCACAGUCAGUAUUCCCAAAGCACCACCUGCUGUCCCAAACUUUGCAAGGAAUACAGUGGCCUCUUCUUCAAAGCGUGCAAAAGUGGAUCUAUCCAGCUCAUCCAGACCUCCACCCAUCACAAGGUCUGUGUCCCAAAGGCUGCCUAAAGUGAAGCCAGCAGCGACCUCUGAUGAUCCAAAUCCAAAGGAGAACAGUGUGAGUACUUUAAAGAGAGCAAAUAGUGCCAGAGUGGUUGGAAGAAGCAUUCUGCAGGGAGAAGCUGUCAGCACGAAAGCAGAGCCUGCACCAAAGGAACAGGGAACAGUGGAAAAGGCAUCUCUUAAACUGAAGGAUGCAAACAGAACCACAAUUGGUAAAAUCCUGAAGCCAUUAUUGAAAUAAGGGAGAGGGGUUUUUUAACUUUGGAAUGUGAACUCUUGUCCAAGCACUGGAUGUCUGUGUAGUGAAAUUCCUUAAAACACUAACCUUGCCAAUACAUGGCAUCAUGUGCUUAUUGAAGAACGGCACACUAUUGGAAAAGGGCAAGUAGCUGUGUUCUGGUCUAAAUCCUUUUUUAUGAAUUUGAAUGUAUUUAAAGCUACUGUGAUGGAAUGUGAGCAGAACAGCAAAUCUUCGCAUUUGUGAUAAAAAAAGUUACCAAAAGCCAAAAAGUUUUAAGAAUUUUUAACUACGAGAUGAAACACUUUGUGACAGAAAACGUGGAUUAAGGCCAGUUUUUUUGUGUAUAUAAGUUUCUUCCUAGGACUCAAGCCCUUGUGCUUGUUGGUUUCUUAUUUGAUGUCAAAAUGAAUCCUGUGGAACAGUACUGAAAUGAACUUAGGUGAUUGUGCUUUCCAUUGCUUUCAGUUUCUUGGAUUCGGGAGCUCUUUUUGCCUGUUGCAAAGUCCAUUGCUGGCAAUUGGACAGACUGGGAACUGCUGGCCAAAAAACUGUAAAACAAGACGUUUGCUGUUUAUGGCUGUCUUUAACCUCCCUGAAGAAUUUAUAGCAUGUUUUAUGAAUGUGUAUGUGUGUCUGGGGAAGGCUUUCUGCUGGGCAGGAGGCUUGUUCUCCAAGAAUGCAUUGUCUUGCAUGCACAAGUGGAUAUGGCUGGUGCUGCAUUGGAUAGCACAGCUGGAGGCUGUGCCUGUUGGAAGGGCCAUUGGCAUGACGACUACUCCUGACUUGUUUUGAUCUCAAGCAAACUUGCCAGCUUUUGGUCAUACAGAAGUGCCAUAUAUUUAUGAUACAUAUCAGGAUGUUUGCAGUUCAGCUCUUGAAGGCUGCAAUGUAGUGCCGAGCACUUUCUUACCAUUCCAUGUUUCCACUGGUUUGUAUACUACCAAACUACUUGAAUGUUGCAAUGGCUCUGAUUGAGCCAUUAGUUUCCCUGCCUCCUCCUCCUCCUCCACUCCUUCUCCUUGUCAACAAGAAUAUUUAGCAUGAAACACAGAGCUUACGCAUGACAAUGUUUUUGUAGAGUUCUUUGGUUGCUUCAAAUGUGGUUUUUAAUGUUUAAAGACUCUAAAGGAAUUCAACUAGCAUUUGAUAAGCUUUUUGCAAAUUAAAACCAUCCCUUUUUACCUGCAGAUACAAAUUUUAACUUCUGUCAGACUAAGAUACGGAGAAUGAGGGAAAACUCAUUCAGCAUGCUGUGCAUCUUCCCAAGAGAAAUGUAUUUAGGUGGGGAAAGUGCUGUUCUCCUGAGCAUUUUAUUUAAAGAAUUGCCUUUUAUUCACUUACAAAUGAAGCCUCAUUUAAGAAUAAAAUAAAAACAAAAGGGAAAUCUCUUUGGACAAGUGGCAUUGACAUACUAGUGCUAGAUCUGUUUGUCUGCUCUAUCCCUCCGUGCUGGGAGAGUGUAAUUCAUUGAGAAUGAGGUCACAUGCUUCUCACGGGCUGGUAUCAGGGACAGCUAACUCUGAGGUUUGAAUCUGGCAAGGGGCCUUUGGCUCCUCCCACAUACCAGCCAAUCUUGAUGCAGACAUCAUACCCAAACACCAUAAAGUAUUGCACAGGGCCUCUUGUUUGAGUCUGUCCCACGGGAAGAAUUUAUAGAGCCCACUUUUCUGCAAGGGAAAAUAUUUUGCUUUUUGGAUAAGCUUUUUGGAUACUGCCUCCAUUGUGGGUUAGAUACAAAAGCAUCUCCCUUCUUACUUGUAUCUGUGUGGAUGUAUGCACAUCUGCAAGAGCAGAUGAUUGACAUUUUUCCUUUUUUUUUUUAAAGAAAGCAACAAAUUUUAUUGGUAGCAAGCCUGAAAAAUAAUUUAAAUGUGUUUGGAACAUGUAAAUAAAUUUCUAUAAUUUCUUUUCUGUGUAAAAGAAACCCAACUGUAUUUAAUGGAACAUUUAUACAUUUCGGAGUAACUCGCUAGUUUAAUAAAGUUCCCAUUUACUGGG